CCGCCCGGCGGAAGUGCUUCACUCCACGUGGCGACGCCGCCGCCUCCUCCUCACUCACGAGCCGGCGCUGAUCGCCGACCCUCCCCCCCUCGCCGCUCACGUCGCCCACGUCGCCCGUGCUGUUGCCGCCGCUGCUGCUCCUUUUCCUCCUCCUCGUUCGCCCGCGCAGUUCACACGCGGGCAUCGCCCUCGGCUACACCGACGCCGUUCCCCCUCCGUCGUACAGUAGGGCGAUCCCUCGCCGCCCUCAUAUCGACUUGGCCAUGCUGCUGGAGGCGCUGCCCGGACAGUGCUCGGUCGUGCUGGGCCGCAAGUCUGCUCCCGUGCACUACGCGUUUGAGGCCGCUGGCCGCUGGCUCGAGGCACUCUUGUUGCGCCGUUCGCGCAGUGCCACCUCGCUCUCCGCGGCCGACGCGGCCGAGGGCAGCAGCUCGGAGUCGGAGGAUGAUGGCGACGAGGAGCGCCUCGAGUUGGAAGAAUACCCGCUCCUCAAGAGCCUCGACCCCAAGGAGUGGAAGACUCAAGAUCACUACCUGGUGCUGGGCCUAGGACAACUGCGGUACCAAGCCACAGCCAAACAGAUCAAGGCUGCGCACAAAGCCAUGGUCCUGAAGCAUCACCCAGACAAGCGCGAAGCCACAGGGCAGCGGACGGGCAACGGCGAGGACGACUACUUCACCUGCAUCACAAAGGCGUACGAGGUGCUAGGAGACCCCGUGAAGCGCCGCGCGUUCGACAGCGUCGACCCGACGUUCGACAGCAGCACCCCCACGCGCGGAGACGUCAAGUCCGGGGACUUCUACGAGACCUUCACGGAGGUGUUCGAUAGGAACGCACGGUGGUCAACCAAGCAGCCUGUGCCUCGUCUGGGUGACGAUGCGUCGGCCUUUGAGGAGGUGGACAGAUUCUACUCGUUCUGGUACAACUUCGACUCGUGGAGAGAGUUCUCCUACCUCGACGAGGAGGAGAAGGACAAGGCUGAGUGCCGGGACGAGCGGCGCUGGAUUGAGAAGCAGAACCGGGCGGCACGCGCUCAGCGCAAGAAGGAGGAGAUGGUUCGCCUUCGCUCGCUCGUCGACCUGGCAUACUCGUGUGACUCGCGGGUGAGGAGGUUCCGCGACGAGGAGAAGUCGCGCAAAGAGGCGGAGAAGAGAGCCAAGGCGGACGCCAAGAGGCACAGGCAGGAGGAGAUCGACAGGGUGAGGCAAGCGGAGGCGGAGGCGGCGCGCGCGCUGCGGGAGAAGGAGGAGGCGGAGGCUCGUGUGGCCGCGCAGCACGCCAAGAAGGAGAAGGAGACGUUGAAGCGAGCGCUCAAGAAGGAGCGCCAGAGGCUGCGCGCGUUCUGCAAGACUUGGAGCUACUUUGCGGAGGAUGAGGCGGAGAGCGUGCGCAUGAUGGGGGAGAUGGAGAAGCUGUGCGAGAACCUGGAGCUCAACAGCCUGCAGGAUCUGAACGAGGCUCUGGAGACUUGUGGGGGGCGCGAGGCGGCUCACGAGGCAGUGGGGGGUCGCCUGCGUGAGGUGGAGGAGCUGCUGGAGCGGCGGCGCGUGGAGGAGGCCGAGGCUCAGGCACGCGAGCGGGCGGCCCGCGGCGCCGACGCCGACGCCGCCGCCGCCGCCGCCUCCCCCGGGGGGGACGACGCAUCGUCUGCCACGUCGGCGGCAGGUGGGGGCGGCGGUGGCAAGGCAUGGCCCCCGGAGGACCUGCAGCUCCUCAUCAAGUCCGUCAACCUCUUCCCAGCGGGGACCUCCUCACGCUGGGAAGUCAUCGCCAGCUUCAUCAACUCGCACUCGCUCACCCCCGGGGUUCGCCGAUCGGCGCGGGACGUGGUGGCCAUGACCAAACACCUCCAGAAACUCGACCCGGCGCAGAAGGAGGAGCUGAGUCGGCGGGCGAACGAGCGACUUCACUCGGGGGGGACGCUGGCUCCCGGACUCGACCGCGCAACGCCGUCAGAGCGUGACGGCCAAGGAGUGAGCGAGUCCAUUGCUCCGGCUGCCUCCGAGAGCCCUUGGACGGCGGCGGAGCAAAAACUUUUGGAGCAGGCGCUGAAGACGCACACGGGGGGCGGUCCCGAGCGCUGGGACGCCAUCGCACGCGCCGUGCCAGGCCGCUCUCGCAAGGAGUGCAUGCGGCGAUACAAGGAGCUGGUGGAGAUGGUGAAGGCGAAGAAAGCUGCACAGGAGGCGGUUAAGAUGAACAAACAGAAGUAGCGAGAGCGAUGGGGGCGGAGCGCAUGAAUGGGGAGGAGGAGUGAGUGGGGGAGUGGGUGAUGAUGAACAGUUUUCACGCGGUGUGAGUGGGGGAGGGUUGCAAAUGGGCGAUUGAGAAUGCGUGAAUGGGCGAGUGUGUAAGUGAGGCGGUGUGAAUGAGUAGCUUAGAAGGGGACCGGAUGAGUGAAUUGGAGGUGCUGAUGUGAGCUGUGUAGAUGUUUGUGAGUCAAUAGGUGAGUGAGAAGGU